GCAGGAGUAUACGAUAACCAAUAAGUACUUUAACUUUUACUAAGUAACUAUAAUGUAUUAUAAUUUAUGAUUUAUAAUUCAAUGAUUGGUCGUUGAAGCGAUACAUCGGUCACGCGUUGAUACGAACUUUAAUCAAUUUAAUGACAAUAGUGUUAAGAUAUUGAAAAAUAAUAUGGAUGAAAUCAAAAACAACAAAGUUUCUUUUAACAUAGUCCCCAUUACAGAUAAUGAUAAACAAAUUAUCCAGAAUUCGUUAAGACAGUAUUUUUUCCACGAUGAACCUUUAUGUGUAAGCUUAGAAUUAAUAGAAGAAAGAGAAUCAUUAAUAGAAUUUGAAAAUUUUUGCACUGAUUUAAUAAAAUAUGGAGUAUCGUUUAUGGCAAUAUCUGUAGAUACAGGUGAAAUGAUGGGUGCCGCGUUGAAUAGCACAGUGUGCAGGAGUAACGAAAUAAAACAAUACGGUGACGAGAACAAAAGUUCGAAAUAUAAUGAUAUUAUGGUUAUCUUAGACAAAGCUGGACGAGAAACUGAUGUAUUUGGGCAGUAUCCAAACAUAGAUCGUAUGAUGGAGUUAAAGAUUAUUACAGUUAAUGAGGAAUAUAGAGGACUUGGGAUUUGCAAAGCCCUCAUCAACAAGUCCAAAGAGUUGGCAUUGGAGUUAGGGUAUCAAAUGAUGUACGUGGAAUGCUCCAGUCAUUUUACUGCAAAAGCUGUUGAAAGAUUUGGAUUUCAAUGCAUAUAUUCGUUGUCUUAUUCGGAUUACGUGAACAAGCAGGGUGAAGUGGUGUUCAAGACACAGCCUCCUCAUACAAUUUUCAAAAUCUAUGUGUUACUUCUCUAAUAUAAUCAAUAUUUAUUAACCUUUCAUAAUUCAUAACAAGUUAAUGAAAUACAUAAUUUUUUUUUAAUGCCGACAAAUUUGUGAUUUUUUUCUAUAACGAAUUUUUAUUUGUUAAAGAAAUUGGGAAUUUUUUUUUUAAUUUAAAAAAAAAACAUCAAAUUGUUUACAUCAAAAAAAAAUUAUUUCACUUAGAUAAGAAAAAUAGCUUGUUGCCAAAAAUUGCACAGUAAAAAUUAAAGAAAAUUAAAGAAAAUUUUGAUAUUGAUGAUCUUAAACUAGUAGUUACUGAAGAUGUGUACCUACCCAAAUUUAUAUAAAUUGGAACAAGUAGUAUUCAGUAUACGUCUAUACCUGUUAGUUGUGCAACCUUCGAACGUUAAUUUUCUUCAAUACUUUAAUCAUCGCAUUUAGCUUGUCUGAGAACAAUAAUGACACAAGAAUGAUAUUCAAAUUUAUAAGUAUGAUAUAAGUAUCGAAAGAGAUAUUAUUAUAUUAAGAGAUGUAACUAAUAGACACAAAAACAAUUAUUGUUACAUUUUCAGCAACUAGUAGAAAAUUAGUAUUGAUUUAAUAUUAUUUUAUAUGAUUUAUAUUACUUUAUUACAAAAUGCAUAAUAAUAAUAACAAUAAUCGAAAAUGAA